AUGGCUAGUAUCAAAAAUGUAGAAGCCCGUAGGGUAUGGGACUCGCGAGGACAGCCCACGAUUGAAGUGGCGAUGACACUCGAUAAUGGGCUUAGUCGGCGGGCGAUAGCGCCAGCCGGUGCAUCACGCGGGGCACGUGAGGCAAUCGACCUUCGCGAUGGUGGCACGGCGCUACGGGGCAAGGAUGUGCAGACGGCCAUCCGUGCCGUUAACGAACUUAUCGCACCGGCUCUUUACGGUAUGCCUGUUAACGAUCAGGCUGGCAUCGACCGGGCGAUGUGCUCGCUUGAUCCGUCGCCAACGAAGGCAAACGUCGGCGGCAAUGCCAUGGUGGCAACAUCACUGGCAGCGAUUCAUGCUGCUGCGGCAGACAGAGGCAAACCGCUGUGGCGGCAUAUUGCUGACGAGUACGGGCGUUCGCCGCUGUUGCCACUACCCGAAAUUCAGAUCUUCGGCGGCGGUGCACAUGCUGGGCGGCGCGUUGACAUUCAGGACUUUAUGGUCAUGGUGCCCGGUGCAUCCAAUUUCGAGGAAGCGCUUGAAAUCACGAGCGAGAUCUACUUCGCCGCCGGCGACAUCAUGUCGCAAAAAGGACGGUUGGCCGGCGUUGCCGACGAGGGCGGAUGGUGGCCCGAGUUCGACAGCAACGAACAAGCCCUUGAAACCCUGGUGCAGGCCAUCGAAAAGGCCGGUGAGACACCGGGCGAUCGCGUUGCCAUUUCUCUUGACGUGGCGGCGUCAGAAUUCGGCAAGAACGGCAGCUAUCGUUUAGCGCUCGACAACCGUAGUCUGAGUAGUGACGCUUUCAUCAAUCUGCUGGAAAAGUGGCUGGAUGACUACCCCAUCGUCUCGAUUGAAGAUCCGCUCGGUGAAGACGACGUCGCGGGCAUGAUCCAAUUCACCCAACGCUGCGGUGAUCGAGUGCAGAUUAUCGCUGAUGACUACGCGGUAACCAAUGCGCAACUGGUGCAGCAAGCUGCGGCAGAAGGUGCCUGUAAUGCUGUGCUCGUCAAAGUAAAUCAGGCGGGCACAUUGAGUGAAGCAAUAGAUGCAUUCAAUGCGGCUCAACACGCUGGCUGGCGGUCUGUUGUCUCGGCGCGCUCUGGUGAAACCGAGGACGUAACCAUCAGCCACUUGUCGACGGGCCUGGGUUGCGGGCAACUUAAGGUCGGGUCGUUUGCGCGCUCGGAACGCAUGGCAAAGUGGAAUGAGUGCCUGCGGAUUCAGGAUGAGCUUGGCAAACAGGCGUAUGCGGGCGGACAAUCACUGGCCAAGACAUGGUGGGGCGCGAAGCAAAAAGGGUAA